UUUCUUCAAAUCAAUUCCAAGUUGUCGUAGUAGCGUCGGGAUCGAGAGAGACAGACACAAGCAGAUAUACGUUUUUGUUGGUAAUUUAGAUUCCCGCAAGCUCUUGCGUCAACAGUUUCAAAUUCAAACAGGUAUAUACACCCGAUCCAGUUUAAGUUUCAGCCGACCAUUAACAAGGCUAUAGAAAUUUUUUAUAAUAUCAGCCUUGAAAACCUCUCACUCAAAUCAUCGACCUCUUUCCCUAUAUAUAUACACCUCUCUCUCUCUCUCUCUCUCUCUCUCUCUCUCUCUCUAAAACGAUGGCUUUCCAAACUCCACUACAGUACUUUUCACUGAAACCCAAAAGAGCCAACCUUUAUUACAUGACGGUAGCCGCAGUCCUCUGCACGAUCUGCUACCUUGUCGGAAUUUGGCAGCACUCAACCAGCCGCGCCGCAAUUUACACACCUGUCUCCGCCGUCACCUCAUGUCCUCCAAUCACCACAAACACAACAAUCACUCUCGACUUCAACGCCCACCACCGCGCCGAGGACCUCCCCCUACCUCCCGUGGCUGCGCGUGUGGCUCACCUGCCGGCCUGCGACGCCAAGCACAGCGAGUACACCCCGUGCGAGGACGUCACGAGAUCGCUCAAGUUCGACAGGGAUAGGUUGGUGUACAGGGAGAGGCAUUGCCCGGACAAGGAGGAGCUUCUGAAGUGUCGGAUUCCAGCGCCUCACGGCUACACGGUACCGUUUCGGUGGCCGGAGAGCCGAGAAUCGGUUUGGUAUGCAAAUGUGCCGCACAAGGAGUUGACCGUGGAGAAGAAGAUGCAGAAUUGGGUUCAUUACGAAGGGGAUCGGUUUAGAUUCCCUGGUGGAGGGACCAUGUUUCCUCGCGGUGCAGAUGCGUAUAUUGAUGAUAUCGGAAAGUUGAUUAAUCUCAGAGAUGGGUCUAUACGGACCGCCAUCGAUACCGGUUGCGGGGUUGCAAGUUGGGGAGCUUACCUUUUGUCCAGGGACAUUCUAACAGUGUCAUUUGCACCAAGAGACACACAUGAAGCACAAGUUCAAUUUGCUCUUGAAAGAGGAGUUCCUGCAUUGAUUGGCAUUCUUGCUUCCAAAAGACUUCCUUACCCCUCAAGAGCUUUUGACAUGGCUCACUGCUCUCGAUGCCUCAUCCCCUGGGGCCAAUAUGAUGGGCUUUACUUGAUUGAAGUUGAUCGAGUUUUACGCCCCGGUGGGUACUGGAUUCUUUCCGGGCCACCAAUAAACUGGGAGAAUCACUGGAAAGGAUGGGAAAGAACAGCUGAAGAUCUUAAAGCUGAGCAGACAACGAUUGAGAAUGUAGCAAAAAGAUUGUGUUGGAAGAAACUGAAGCAGAAGGGUGACCUUGCAAUUUGGCAAAAACCCACUAACCAUGUUCACUGUAAGGUCAACAGAAAGCUCUUCAAGAAACCAUCCUUCUGCCAAGCUCAAGAUCCUGACACUGCAUGGUAUACGAAAAUGGAGGAUUGUUUGACCCCACUUCCUGGAGUGAACAACAUAAAGGAAAUUGCAGGAGGGCAAUUGGCUAAAUGGCCAGAGAGGCUAAACACAGUCCCUCCAAGAAUCAGCAGUGGGAGUUUGACAGGAAUCACAGCUGAGACCUUCAGAGAAAACACAGAGCUUUGGAAGAAAAGAGUAGAAUAUUACAAGACCGUGGAUUAUCAGUUGGCAGAGGCCGGGAGGUACCGGAAUCUGCUCGAUAUGAACGCUUACUUGGGCGGCUUUGCAGCUGUACUUGUUCAUGACCCUGUGUGGGUUAUGAACAUUGUCCCUGUUGAGGCUGAGGUUAACGCCCUUGGAGCCAUUUAUGAACGAGGAUUGAUUGGAACUUAUCAGAAUUGGUGUGAAGCUAUGUCUACUUACCCAAGAACCUAUGACUUGAUUCACUCUGAUUCAGUUUUUACCCUCUACAAGGACAGAUGUGAAGCGGAAGAUAUUCUUUUAGAAAUGGAUAGGAUUUUAAGGCCAGAGGGCAGUAUAAUCUUCCGUGAUGACGUGGACGUGUUGGUGAAAGUCAAGAGCAUCUUGGAUGCAAUGCAAUACGACGCCAGAAUCGUCGACCAUGAAAACGGACCAAAGGUGAGAGAGAAGAUUUUGUUGGCGGUCAAGCAGUACUGGACUGCCCCAGCUCCUGCCCUAGAAACUCAAGAACAAAGCAAAUCGAAUUCAUAGGCCUCUACCUUAAGGGCUUCCCCCUUUUUUAUUUUACUUCAAAAUAUUCCAAUUUUUAUGUCGAUAAUUUUGAAAUUUAAUGAUUUUUUUUUUCAUGCGCUCAAGAUUUGUGGAGUGAAACUUGGAUUGAGAAUUCUAUACCAAUGGAAAGAAGCAUUUUAAA